AUGGAUAGUCUGGUUGGGGAUGGAGCAAAUGCAAAGCAAAAUGUGCCCCUUUCAUCAACUGGUAUUAAAACGUUCCUAGCUGGAAUGGUCAGGAUCAGGCCACCCAUUAGUAAAAAUGAUACGUUCUGGCCAACCGUAUCAUUUCUCCUGAUGAGUGGCCCAAUCCUGACCAUUCCAGCUACGAACAUUUUUAUACAAGUUGAUGAAAGGGGCACGUUUCGCUUUGCAUUUGCUCCAUCCCCAACCGGACUAUCCAUCAUAGGGAACAUCGAGCAAGAAGGCCUCCAGAUUUCCAUUGACGGCUCAAAUGGUUUUGUGCAUUUUGGCCGCAAUAUUUGUUAA